AUGUUCGCUGCCAGACGAUCUGCUACCUCCACGCGGCAGCUGCUGCGCACCCAGCGCCGCUGGGGCUCCCACGCCGCUCACGAGCCCGUGAACGAAGGCUUCGGCCGCAGCUUCUACGUCACCGUCGGCUCCAUGGCCUCCGCCUACAUCCUCUACCGCAUCAGCAAGUCCAACGAGGAAUCCGGCUCCCCGUCCUGGAUCUCCGGCCUCAUCGCCAAGCUCACGCCGGACCAGGAGGUCUUCGAGCAGCGCAAUGCUAUCCACACCGCUAUCAUGGAGAAGGCUGCUUCUGACCGCCACUUGCUCGGUAGUCAGGGACCCCCCGAGGCAUACAGCCUCCGACAGACCGAGAUGAUGAACUCCGGCUCGCCUUACAACGUUUCUCCCGGUUCGCAGGCCGACCUGAGCCAUGUCGUGGCUCACUACAACCGCAAGAACCAGGAGCUUGAGGAGGCUCGGGUUGCGCGCAUGAAGGACGGCAAGGUGGUGUCGCUCUAUGAUUAG